AUGGGUCCAUCAAAUGAAGCAUUAAAACAUUUACUGCCAUUUGAGCUUCAACAUACACUCUCGCUUCAUUCUAUCUUAGAUUUUGUGAAACAAUUAGAUGCUAAUGAGAAAAUCGGUUAUGAAGGUGAAUAUGUCAUCAGAGAAAGUCAGUGGAUUGGUACUGUACCCAUUGAAUAUGUUGAUGAAUGGCAUCAACAAUUUAAAACUAGUCAUGUUCUCGUAGAUGAAAGACGAGUACCCAUUGUAGGUUGUAUCUCUAUGGACCAAUUGAUGAUAGCUUUACCUGAGAAAUAUUCUGUCGGAACUCGUGUAACUUUUAUCGGUCGACAAGGUAAUGAGACAAUAGUUGGAGAUGAAAUUGCACAAAAAGCAAAUCAACCAAGAUCAGAAGUAUUUUCUUCUCUUUCAAGUCAUGUUCCACGUGGUCUCUUUUUGAUUGUAUUUUUGCCUGCAUACUGUUGUUAUCAAUGUUGCGCUGGUAAACCAUGGCGAUCUAAUGUAAAAUUUGUUAAUAAAACAAUGACGAAUGAUGAAGAAAAACAAAUAAUUGACAUACAACUUUUUCAGUCAGGUUAUUGGAAGAGUCAAUACUUUCAAUAUAACACAUGGCAUGGACCUCAUCAAAUUGAACUCUCAUUCGAUGCUCUACAAUCAAAAGUAACAGGAUCAGGAUUAGAUGAUAUUGGUAUGUAUUCUAUCGAAGGUAUCUAUUCGACACAGACUCGUCGUAUGGGUCUAACAAAGAAAUAUCAACUUGGUACAGGAAAUCCAUUGGAAAACUUAGGACAUUGUGUUACUAUUCAACUUGAAUGGAACAAAUAUAGUAAUCAAUUCGAAGGUAAAUGGUAUGUACGAACGAAGAAGUAUAAAGACUCUGGUGAUUUUAAAAUGAACUUCGACCAACGAAAUCAACAAUUAUCAUUUGUACCGAUAUAUGAAAAAGUAUAA